CCUCUAGCUAAAUGCCUAGACUUGUAGUGACACUGCUUUGUCAGCUGGGUAGGUGAACAUCAAGAGAGAUAGAGCCGUAUCCAUGCACUAAUUACUUGGAAAAUGAUAAUCUUUAUGAAACAAAUGGAUUACCCUCUCGGAACCCAAUGUCAGCGCGUCCAGAAGCAGGUAUUCUUCUUGACUUAACUACUAAAAAGCCAGUCAACGUUCCAAUUUAUGAUUAACGUUAACUGGCUACUAAUAAAGUUCCAUCGACUGUGUCGUUCAUUCAUUUUGCCCUGAAAAACUUGUGGCAGUUUUGUCUCUCACGAAACUGUUAGCUAGAGUUAGCUCCAGAACUAACGUUAACGCUACUUCAUAUUCCUUGAUGAGGUUGGAUUUUUUUGUAUCGAGAAACUUUUGCUUUAGCUAGCUAACUAAUUGUUUUAAUGUCCUACUAGCUAGUUUGUCGACAUAAAAUGGCUAACUAACUAGCUAACUGCCUUGCUAACUCAGACAACGGAUUUGAUGACUAGCUAGCUAGCUAGCGUUAGAUGACAGGAGUUGACAAGGGGCAGGUGAGCAGCUAACUAACAGAUGGCUAUUAAGUUAGCUAGCUAGUUUACUAGCCAAGGGGUGUAACGUUAGCUAGCUAACUAACGGUUCUUCUGAGCCAACUGGCCAAAGCAAUGUCCAGCUAGCUAACUAUUGUUUCUUAUCUCUGAAAUAGUUAGGUAAAUCACGUUAACUAGCCAAAGUACCAACAAUGCAAUGCCAAUAGUAAUUAUAGAUUGUCAUUUAAUUGAGAUAGCUAGCUGGCUAUGGGGACUUCUUGAGGGGAAGAUAACAAGCUGUCAAGAAUUUUGCUUUGUCAGUCACAGUCAAUGAAUGAACAUUUGCUGUUGUUGAAAAAUGGUUUAGACAUAUCUAUUCAACUAAACUAAAAGGAUCGAGUGGUCACCUAGUCCUAGAAUGUUGCCAUAAUGGAUUGACAACUAGCUAACGUUAACUGGAUAGUAAAAACUAACCUGUUAAUCUGCAAACUAGGCAAUACUUUUCUUCGUGAUGUCUUUGCAUUAUGAUUGUAGCUAUAUUUGCAGUCUAGGUUUGAUGGCUAUCAGCCGCCUACUCUUUUUGUGGGAGAAUGCGAUAUUGACAUCUUUUGUAGAGAUUUGCACUUGCAGAAAAAAAGUGUCCGCUAAUGCAAUGUUAUUCCAUCAUUUUGGCAGUCUGUUCUGACGAGUUGCAAAGAAUCUAGUUGGCUUGCUAACGAACAAAGGCCGUCGUUGACAAUCAGAAUUCAAGGAGCAGUUUUAUUCUUCAGUUUCAAUCGGCCUAAUGCAUUGUCCUCUGUCAUAAUGUCAAACGUCUGGUAAAUAUAUUUGUUUUGUGUGUCUUUUUUCACUAAGAUUUUGAAUUCUUUGUGUGCAGUGAUGCUGGGUGCACUGCCAAUCAAAGUUGUUUUUCUCUUUUCUGUGCUGUUUUUCCAUGUACAGCCGAUAGGGGACAGUGCGGAUAGGAUAACUUGUUUACUGCGAUUCAACAUUCAGAAGUAGCUUGAACAAGAGAGGAAUGUGCUGUGACAUGCAUUCCUUAAUAUUUGAUGUAAAAUUAUAUUUGACCUGUACCUACACUUGCAUAUAGGGGUUUAGACCUAGGCUUUCUUCAAUGCCAUGUAUAUGUCAGAUGUGCCACAUUUACCUCCUGCACCAAACCUGUCAUACACAAAAAUGUGAUGAAUAGCCUACCUACCCAUUUGCAGAUUUGACUAGACAGAAGCGUGGGAUGUAUAUUUUUCAUUUGAAUAAACAAGAUCCUAUCUGAGGUUUACCAUUUGGACAUUUGUUGCAGCUCUGGUGAGAAAACAACAGGCAUAUUGUUGCAUCAUGCUUUUGGGUGUUCUUUGUGCAGAACCAAAAACAUCAUAAAUAAGCUGGCCAUAAAGUGUGCACACUGGCCCAAAGUAGGGCCACCUCCUAGACUAUGUUUCUCCCCUUACUACCUUAUAUCCAGUCAAUAAAAGUGCCACAGAUAAAUGUCAGGUGUUAAAAACAGUCUUAUCUGCUGGCAUUGAUAUGAAUUGGUCAUUCUUACAUACAAACCCCACCGGCCACGUUGUGUGUGUGUGUGAGCGUUGCAAAAUAAAUGUACACACAUUAUUCAAUCAUUUCACCCACACUGCUCGAUCGCGUCUGCGUAGCCAAGUGCUAAAAUAUAACUUGGUUCUAUUUGAUACACGCCAAGCACUGCAAGUCCCCUCCUUAUUGGGUAUCAGGAAGAUACAAACCCACCUGGAUGCUUGAAAGACAGAGGAGGAGAGAUUAAAGAUAGCUAAAACUAGCUAGGUUUCACUUUUUAUCUGUGGAUUAAAUGUCAGAGUAGAGAAACACGAUUUUGUAUGACCAUGUGCAUGACGGGUAAAAUAACAACCCAAUGUUUAUCUCCCAGGACAAGCUAGCUAGCAAGAGCUAGCUAUCUGAAUGUCCAUGAAUGUUUCAUGUGUGUUUUGUCAGCAUAUUAGGCAUGCUUCUAGUUUGAAAAAGAGGCAGAGAGAGGGUUGAAAAGUGUGUGUGGGGGGUAUGAAUGUAACUAACCAGGUUACAAAAGAGGACUAGAUCAAGCAAAUAAAGUAACCUGAAUUCUGAAAUACCUUGUGUGCAUUAGGACUUGUGUUUCCUGUCUAUGCUCAGCUGUCUGUCUCAUGUCACCAUAUAAUCUGGUUCUACCUGCCUGUCAUAUUAUUUCAGGUUUUUUUUUGUGUGUUAUACAUGUAUGUUUGCCUGUGUCUCUCCAUUUGUAGCCUGGUAUGUUUGUGGGUCUUCUAUGGCUACUGUCCUGCCCAGCUCACCCCUCCCCCUCCUCCUGUGGGCUGCAGCUGGCUGUUUUGCACACUUCCCUCGGUUCAGUUUGCAGAGCCAAAAACAGAGCUCACCAUUUGUGUUUCCGGUGAAGAGGGACGAGUGUGUUAAAGGCAGGCAGCCUGGACUCGACACUAGCAGAGCAGCGCAUGACAAGGACAGACACCUUCAGGCUCACUUGGAAUGCAAAUAGAAUAUCCAUCUAUCUCCUCCUCCAUCUGCAGCGAACCCCCUCCCCUGCAGCCCCUUGUACUACCUCAUCCGCUCCCUCCCGCUGUCACAUUUACCCUUUGAACCAUUACUUGCAUUAUUUUUCUACUCUUUGUUCUCUUUUCCUUGGUCAUCUCCGCAUACUUCCCAUUUUUUAUUUCAUACUCCACAAUUUAUAGGCCAUUGUCUAUUUAAGCAAUAAGGCACAAAGGGAUGUGGUAUAUGGCCAAUAUACCACGGCUAAGGGCUGUUCUUAUGCACGACGCAUCGCAGUGCCUGGACACAGCCCUUAGACAUGGUAUAUUGGCCAUAUACCACAAACCCCCGAGGUGCCUUACUGCUAUUAUAAACGGGUUACCAACGUAAUUAGAGCAGUAAAAAUAAAUGUUUUGUCAUACCCGUGGUAUACGGUCUGAAAUACCACGGCUGUCAGCCAAUCACCAUUCAGGGCUCGAACCACCCAGUUUAUAAUCGCCUGUUUCCCAUCCCCUUUUCCAUGUCUUUGUUUGUUUCUUCCUCCCCUCACCACUGCCACUAUCCUUUGCAUCUCGUUUCUACCUUGUGAUGUUCUCCGAUCAAUAAACAAAUGCGUUUCCCUCUGCAGCAGGGACCAGGGUCAGGAUGGAUGAUGUGGUAAAUUUUUGCAUUUCAAAUCGUGUUAACCUCUGCAGAGACCCAGGGAGUUAGAGGCCUUCGUCAGGACAAUACUUUAUUGAAAGGCUUUCAGCUGAAUUACAGCCUCUCAACCUUCCCCACUUAAUACAAUACAGCAGUCUGCUCUAUGAAACACUCAGUCAUCCCCGUGCAUGUUAUUAGUCUCUGCCUUUACACUUUGAGAUUAUAUGCUGUUGCAAUCAAUAUGGCAAGUCUAUAUAGGCCUAUGUGUUAAUUCCCUUGAUUAGCCUAUAGCAGUUGACUUGCGCCUAGAGGGCCUUUCAGUUGAUUUCAUCAUUUUUUACUCAUUUAUACUGAACAAAAAUAUAAACGCAACAAUUUCAAAGAGUUUGAGUUACAGUUCAUAUAAGGAAAUCAGUCAAUUUAAAUAAAUAAAUUAGGCCCUAUUAAAUGGAUUUCACAUGACUGGGUAGGGGCGCAGCCAUGGGUGGCCCUGGGAGGCCAUAGGUCCACCCACUUGGGAGCAAGGCCUACCCACUGGGGAGCAAGGCCCAGCCAAACUGACGAUCCCGCAGGUGAAGAAAAUGGAUGUAGAGGUCCUGGGCUGGCGUGGGAUCUUUUAUUUCAAUUCAUGAAACAUGGGACCAGCACUUUUACAUGUUGCGUUUAUAUUUUUGUGUAGUGUAGUUGUACAUUAGCUACGUAUUUUUAUUUUGUGCCACUUGUUAGUUGGGCUAUACAUACAUAAAUACAAAUGUGUUAAGAGUCAGCAGAAUUGAUGUGCGACUCAUUAAUGUGUCAUUUCUUCCCUGGGACUGAUGAAAGGAUGUUGGUUCCUGUUUUAGUUUGACUAGACUACUUUCUAUAAUGGAACAUGUUGGAGAUGAAUUUCCCUAUUAGAGCAUGCCAAGAGAUCUGAGUAGAGUGAUUGUACCAUAUAGAAAAUGUAUGCCGUUGUGAUAGUUUAAAGUGUCUGAGAUUUUCUUGUCUGGUUUGAAUUAUUAGUGAACGAUUGCAGAAUUCCAACAAUGGUGAACAGAAUGACUAGUUCCAUGUCUUCUGAAGCAGGUCACUCACCAUGCCUGUAUGUUUGCCAGUGACACCUUCCAUACAGGUUCUCUCAUACUGUAACUUAAAGGGAUACUUCUGGAUUUUGGCAAUGAGGCCCUUUAUCUACUUCUCCAGAGUCAGAUUAAGUCGUGGAUACCAUUUUUAUGUCUCGGUGUCCAGUAUGAAGGAAGUUAAAGGUAGUUUUGCAAGCCAGUGUUAACUAGCGUUAGCACAAUGACUGGAAGUCUAUGGUAUCUGCUAGCAUGCUUGAUUAUGUUGACCUACAGAGCUAUCAGGUAAAUGGUGACUGGCCUGUUGAGAGGUGCUGAACGCAUUUGUCUUUACUGCAACUCUGGGAGGCUGUUUUUAAUCAUGCUUGGUUAUCGGGCCCUGCUGAACUGUGAUAUAUUUACAGGGGGAGUGGGACAUGGACUCUGAGGCUCGUAGCAUCCUGGUUGGGAAUGGGGUUCCAUUUGGCUGACUGGUCUGGAUUGUUGUCAUUCCAGCUUCAACGCAUCGGUCUGACAUAUUAAUAACACACAUUAAUAAUGUGGUGUCAUGGCCACAGCGCCUCAGCAGGAUGUUUAUGAGACAGACUUUAAAGCCUGACAGAGCCCUGACAUGAUUCCCCCCCCCCCCCCCCCUCACUGAAAUGUAAAUUCAAGUGUUUCAUUCACUUGUAUAGAACUUGAUUCUCAGAAAGUACCUCAAAACACCCAUGGAGACUUGGUUAGACUGAGCUCCUAAAGAGUGGGACUUUUAUUGCUCUCUGAGGCUUGUUUGUUGAAGCCAGACAGAACACUGAUAUGGAACGUGGGGCCACAAAUCAGCAGCCAUGCAGGCACAGAGUUGUGGGGGCAUACGUGUAGGGUUGACAUUGUGUGAGUGACAGAGGCCAGUGCCAAAGACAUUGAUAUUAGACAGGCGAGGCCCAUGUCAUAGAGUUGAGCUCCCAUGUUCCUUGAAAGUAGGCAAGUAGGUCAGGAUCCAAGUCUGCAUGUCAGAUCUUUCUCUCCUGUUUGCUAUGCUCUCUGUCACUGAACCGCUUACAUUUGUUCUCUCUUCAAAGGCCUCCACACAUCCUUACCAUGCACGCUCUAUCUAGGACUACCGUGAGAUUGACACAUUGCAGUCAAUAGCUGUUACAUGGUGAUAAAAAGGACUAAGGUCAUCGUGAAUGAGGACUUGUAUACUUGAAGGCCAUAGAAAUGGAAUGCACAUUUAAUAAUGAAUGCCAUGGGGAUGUCAGCUGAGUGUUUAAACCCCCUAGGCCUAUCCUGUUCCCCUUCUUGACAUCCAGCAAAAUAUUGGAGGAGAUGUAGGGGCGGCAAGUAGCUGAGUGGUUAAGAGCGUUGUGGCAGUAACCGAAAGGUUGCUGGUUCUAAUCCCCGAGCCGACUAGGUGAAAAAUCUGUCGAUGUGCCCUUGAGCAAGGUACUUAACCCUAGUUGCUCUGGAUAAGAGCGUCUGCAAAAUAAAUAAAUAAAUAAAAAUAAAUAAAGUGUAUUAAUUUAAUAUUGGAAAGUCUUUGUACCUAAUGUUGGAGGAAGAGCAGCGCCACCUGCUGGGUAAGGCAUGAAGUGAAGCGUUUUUAUGAGCCAGUGAGAUAUGCUAACAUGGGGCUAAAUGCCAAGGAGCUAUUACGUGAGGUGUUGGAACUACAUAACGACCAUCGCCAAUCACCAUCGCUGCCACCCACCAAUAUUUAGCUGAUAUAGAUAUACCUUUGGUAUGAGGGGAGACAUAACUCUCCACAGUGGUGGGUUACUGAGAACACCAGGCUCUGCCAGCAGAAGCUGCUUAGCCACUUGGCCCCUAGGUAAGCUGCCCUCUCACAUUUCACGCACUGGUGCCAACAUUUCCGGCCCGGUGCCAACACCUUUUCCUAGAAGCAGUUGUAUGAGAGGUAAUAAAUGUAUUUUAGCCUCUAUGACCAGUCUCUCUCUCUGAGUCCAUGUUUCUAUUGGCCAGUGGCUCUCCUCCUCCCCAGCCAGUCUCUCUCUCUCUGAGUCCAUGUUUCUAUUGGCCAGUGGCUCUCCUCCUCCCCAGCCAGUCUCUCUCUAUGAGUCCAUGUUUCUAUUGGCCAGUGGCUCUCCUCCUCCCCAGCCAGUCUCUCUCUAUGAGUCCAUGUUUCUAUUGGCCAGUGGCUCUCCUCCUCCCCAGCCAGUCUCUCUCUAUGAGUCCAUGUUUCUAUUGGCCAGUGGCUCUCCUCCCCCAGCCAGUCUCUCUCUAUGAGUCCAUGUUUCUAUUGGCCAGUGGCUCUCUUCCUCCCCAGCCAGUCUCUCUCUCUAUGAGUCCAUGUUUCUAUUGGCCAGUGGCUCUCCUCCUCCCCAGCCAGUCUCUCUCUCUAUGAGUCCAUGUUUCUAUUGGCCAGUGGCUCUCCUCCUCCCCAGCCAGUCUCUCUCUGUCGUUUUUGACUUUCCUCCUUCAUUGCUGUGGUUCUUCCCUCAAUGAGGCCUCAUUCAGUUCCAGCCUUACAAUCCCCCAUACACCCAAGUUCCUCUGCUCUUCUCAACUAAUUUUAAAAAUGGAGGACUUUGAGCAGUUCUGGCAUUAUUCAGGGUAUCACUCUUAAUUCACUGUAGUCUCAUUGCAUCCUCCUAUGACAUGAUCUGUUUGUCUUUUGGUUGAUACUCACCUGGUACUGUGACUGUGUGGGAUGCUGAGCUCUUUUCUUUACGAGCAAGUCUGUCUCUGCCUGAAAAGUGUGCAGAGCGGCCUUGUUUGUUUGUGUUUUGCAGGGGAAUAUUGUGAGGAAUGUCUAGUGGUACAAUAUCUCUGCUGCGGUUAUAAGAAGGCUCCUAUCGAAGGUUGAUUCAAAGUUCAUAAUCCACAGUCCUGACCUGCCUGCAAUUCACAUGCUGAUCUCACUGUAGGCUGACACCAUAGGGACCAUCAAAACAGAGGCUAUCUGUCAGCCUGCCUGCCACAUAAGCAAACCUCUCUAAAAUAGGCUUGUGGAAAAUCUGGCAAUUAUUUUAUUACCCAUUUUGUUAAAAAACGUAGAUUUUAACCUGGCAAGGAUGAAUCGUAGCAUAGACCUAGUUGCUGUGUGCAUUGUCAGUGACAUUGUCUCUGCCACCUGUCUCACCCUCCUCUUCCUCUGGUCCUGUCCAGGUGAUGAAGGUGAACGCUGAGAAGGAGCGGGUGUCGCUGCGGUGUAUGAAGGCUCUGGCCAGCAGGGGGUGUGUGGACACCGUGUCCCAGCAGAUGGCCUCUCACCCCCAGUACCUGGAGAGCUUCCUCCGCACCCAGCACUACAUCCUCCACAUGGACGGCCCCCUGCCCCUGCAGUACCGCCACUAUAUCGCCAUCAUGGUGAGGCCACUGGACACACACUGCGCACACACACACACACUGCAUGAUGCACAGAAAUGCGUCUGGUAUUUGCACCAAUCACCCCACGCACAGUUGCAUACACUGACACCACUUUCAUGUACAGUACCAGUCAAAAAUGUGGACACACCUACUCAUUCAAUGGUUUUUCUUUAUUUUUUACUAUUUUCUACAUUGUAGAAUAAUAGUGAAGACAUCAAAACUAUAAAAUAACACAUAUGGAAUCAUGUAGUAACCAAAAAAGUGUUAAACAAAUGAAAAUAUAUUUUAUAUUUCAUAUUCUUCAAAGUAGCCACCCUUUGCCUUGAUGACAGCUUUGCACACUCUUGGCAUUCUCUCAACCAGCUUCAUGAGGUAGUCACCUGGAUUGCAUUUCAAUUAACAGGUGUGCCUUGUUAAAAGUUAAUUUGUGGAAUUUCCUUAAUGCGUUUGAGCCAUUCAGUUGUGUUUUGACAAGGUAGGGGUGGUAUACAGAAGAUAGCCCUAUUUGGUAAAAGACCAAGUCCAUAUUAUGGCAAGAACAGCUAAAAUAAGCAAAGAGAAACGACAGUCCAUCAUUACUUUAAGACAGGAAGGACAGUCAAUCUGGGAAAUGUCAAGAACUUUGAAAGUUUCUUCAAGUGCAGUCGCAAAAACCAUCAAGUGCUAUGAUAAAACUGGCUCUCAUGAGGACCGCCACAGGAAAGGAAGACCCAGAGUUACCUCUGCUGCAGAGGAUAAGUUAAUUAGAGUUAACUGCACCUCAGAUUGCAGCCCAAAUAAAUGCUUCACAACAUCAACUAUUCAGAGGAGACUGCGUGAAUUACAUUUACAUUUUAGUCAUUUUAGCAGACGCUCUUAUCCAGAGCGACUUACAGUUAGUGAGUGCAUAAAUUUUUCAUACUGGCCCCCUGUGGGAAUCGAACCCACAACCCUGGUGUUGCAAGCGCCAUGCUCUACCAACUGAGCUACAGGCCUUCAUGGUCGAAUUGCUGCAAAGAAACCACUACUAAAGGACACCAAUAGUAAGAAGAGACUUGCUUGGGCCAAGAAACACAAGCAAUGGACAUUAGACCAGUGGAAAUCUGUCCUUUGGCCUGAUGAGUCCAAAUUUUUGAGUUUUGGUUCCAACCGCCAUGUCUUUGUGAGACGCAGAGUAGGUGAACGGAUGAUCUCCGCAUGUGUGGUUCCCACCGUGAAGCAUGGAGGAGGAGGUGUGAUUGUGUUGGGGAGCUUUGCUGGUGACUCUGUCAGUGAUUUAUUUAGAAUUCAAGGCACACUUAACCAGCAUGGCUACCACAGCAUUCUGCAGCGAUACGCCAUCCCAUCUGGUUUGGGCUUAGUGGGACUAUCAUUUGUUUUUCAACAGGACAAUGACCCAACACACCUCCAGGCUGUGUAAGGGCUAUUUGACCAAGAAGGACAGUGAUAGAGUGCUGCAUCACAUGACCUGGCCUCCAUAAUCCCCCGACCUCAACCCAGUUGAGAUGGUUUGGGAUGAGUUGGACCGCAGAGUGAAGGAAAAGCAGCCAACAAGUGCUCGACAUAUGUGGGAACUCCUUCAAGAUUGUUGGAAAAGCAUUCCAGGUGAAGUUGGUUGAGAGAAUGCCAAGAGUGUGCAAAGCUGUCAUCAAGGCAAAUGGUGGCUACUUUGAAGAAUCUAAAAUCUAUACAGAAAAGUAACUUUUUUGGUUACUCAUGAUUCCAUAUGUGUUCUUUCAUAGUUUUGAUGUCUUCACUAUUAUUCUACAAUGUAGAAAAUAGUCAAAAUAAAGAAAAACCCUUGAAUAAGUAGGUGUUCUAAAACUUUUGACUGGUACUGUACAUAAACAGUCAAACACAUUUACACAGACGCAAACUCACCACAACCCACCCACGCACAAUGACACAAACGUGGUCAACAUCCUGGAGACAACCCUGUUCUUGCUGUAGAUGUACUUGUAUUGAAGUGUCUCUCUGUCCCUCCCUCCAUCUCUCCCAGGCUGCAGCGCAGCAUCACUGUGGCUACCUGGUGUCUCUGCACUCGGCCCAGUUCCUCAGGGUGGGGGGGGACCCGCUGUGGCUACAGGGGCUGAAGGCCGUCCCCCCUCGCCUACAACACCUUGACCAACUCAACAAGGUUCUGGCCCACCAACCCUGGCUCACCGCCCGCUCACACAUACAGGUACCACAAGAACCAGCUCCUUGAAAAAGUUAUGGGCUCUUAUAAAAAAUAUCUAAUAUGCCGAAGUAAUUAUGUUUUGGAUGUUGAUUGAUUCUUAUCUUUGUGGAUUAGAGCAGUGGUUUCCUCUUUUUUUUUAAGGAACUCAGUCUAGCUUUCGACUUACUCCUUAAAGUUAUAAUGGUAGAAUGCACAAGGGGAAAUUUCAAAAUUGAGUAGUGCCUCAUCAGUAUUCCUCUUGUCAUGUUAGUCAUUGCAGACCUUAGAGAGCUAUUUAUAACUUGUCAGAAAUGUCCAUAUCAACUAGCCCAUGUCAGCUAAUGUUUUUUAGCAAGGUUUUUUAGCCCAUAGAUUUUGUUGUAAUAUCACAUGAAUACACAUUAGAUAUGGCCAAAUGUAUAGAGUUGCAAGAAAAUUAGCUUUAAAACGGCAACAUUUUCUCUGCACCCCAUGACAAAAUGUGUAUAAUUACAGGAAAUGUACUUUAAACCUGAAAAAUGUUCUCUCCAUCAAAAGAGGGGUGUGAACAGUUUGUUUCAUGAACAGUGCUUGUGCCCAUAGAAAUAGACGUGGUGGGGAGGGGGGCGCGGGAUGUUCCCCAACCCCAAUGUUAGAAGGGGGACCUGAGUGAAAAAGUUUGGGAACCCCUGGUUUAGAGUGUCAUAUCCCUGAUCAGUAGAGUUCUCCAGCCCUGUCUAAUCUCCACCGUGAGGCCCACUCUCUGCUGUGUCCUUCCCCCACCAGGCAUUGCUGAAGACAGGGGAGCAGUGCUGGUCUCUGGCUGAGCUGGUUCAGGCUGUGGUGCUCCUGGCCCACUGCCACUCCCUCUCUAGCUUUGUGUUUGGCUCGGGCACCGACGCCGACCCCGUCCCCCUCCCCAGAGCCCCCAACGGCACCCCCCCGGGCUACUGCCUCUGUGACGCUGCCAACGGCAAUGUCAGUGCGCCUCCGCCUCUCACCACACCCUCAGAACACACCACACGACGACGGGUAAGGGUUGUGUGCUGUAUCAGACUGAAUAUGACAUCCGAACUAUUCCACAACAGGUUGUUGCCUGAAAGACUACCGAAGUUGCAUGUUGUUCAACUUCACGUCUUUUAUCAUGGUAUCUGUCUUGGCAGUCUCUGGACUCCAGUUGUGAGAUGGUGUGUCUGAAAGAGAGGAUCCAGAAGUCCCAGGAGGAGAAAGAGAGGAGGGGGGAGUGUGUCCUACACACCCAGACACUCCAGCACACAGGUACACACACACACACACACACAGCUGUCCCCACUCACUUUCACAUUCACACCCGACAUUGUGAAGCGGCAAGGGCUAAACUUAUCCUCGUGUGUGAACCAGUGCAGGCUGGUGGGAGGAGCUAUAGGAGGACAGGCUCAUUGUAAUUGCUGGAAUGGAAUGAAUUGAACAGUAUUAAAAAUAUGGAAACCACGUUUGACUCCGUUCCAUUCAUUCCAUUCCAGCCUUUACAAUGAGCCUGUCCUCCUAUAGAUCCUCCCACCAGCCUCCACUGGUGUGAACGUUGCGUGACGGAUCAACUAUAUUUAUUUACCCUCUCUCACUGUUUCCUCUCAGAUGGGAAAGAUGAGGAGGAGAUGAUCUACUCAGCAGACCCCUCACGUUUCAUAACAGACCCCGAGUUCGGCUACCAGGAGUUUGCCCGGAAAGAGGAAGACCACUUCCAAGUAUUCCGGGUGCAGGUAAGGACAUGGCUUACAUACAUGUUGGAAUAUGUGAAACCCUGCUAGGAGGCGACAGGUGUCCAUGUCAGUAAAGUAAUAAAUCAGCUUUCGUAGAAUUUCAGUAGCAUAUACUGUAACGUAUGUCUGGGUCUAUAGUUAGCUGAGGUGUUACAGAAACCAUGUGAGUAUUUCAGGUUUGUUUGACUGUGUGUGUGUGUGGUGUGUCUGGACAGGACUACUCCUGGGAGGACCACGGCUUCUCCCUGGUCAACCGGCUGUACUCAGACAUCGGGCACCUGCUGGACGACCGUUUCCGCAGCGUCACCGCCCUCCCCUCGUCCCACGGGCCUGACCUGAAGAGAGCCAUCUGGAACUACAUCCACUGCAUGUUGGGAAUUAGGUGAGGACAUGCUACUAGUCUGCACACACACACACACACACACACACACACACACACACCUAUACAUACACAGGAACAAGCACACGUCAGGCAAAUGAACACUGGGUACAUAGUUAGAGUUCUUGUAAAGUGAGAUGCUAUCAUGAUCGCUUGCAUUGCAGCCAGGUUAGGCCUAUGAUUCAAUGCUUGUGAUUCGCUGCAAGGGCCCCGCUUGGAUUGCGUUCAUGUUUGCAUGACAUGUGACACUUGUGGUGUGUGUCUGCAGGUACGACGAUUAUGACUAUGGGGAGGUAAACCAGUUGCUGGAGAGGGAGCUGAAGCUUUAUAUCAAGUCUGUAGCCUGCUACCCUGACGCCACCAAGACCCCGCUGUGUCCUCUGCCCUGGGCACCACUCAAACCUUCUGAGAGGGUACGCAUGUCGCCCCAUACCAAUACACCCUGCAUCCAUAUACAGCUGAACUAUAUACUGGAACUAAAUGUACUGGACCAUAAUAGUUUUGUCCAAGUAAUGUGCUGAAGGUGAUCAAAUGGGAUGCAAAGUAGUAAUUUGUGUUCUGUUUCACCCUCAACCACAUUCCAUCUCUUGCUCACUCUGAUACGAUCCUCUCAUUUUUCUCUUCUCUUAGAUCCAUGUGAACUUGCUGAUAAUGGAGGCUCGGUUACAGGCUGAGCUUCUGUAUGCUCUGAGAGCCAUCACCCAGUACAUGAUAGCUUAG